AUGGGUCGGUACAGAGUACGUGUGGCCACCGGGAGCUUCGCCUUCUCAGGGUCAACCAACCAGGUGCAGCUAUGGUUGGUUGGGCAGCGUGCAGAGGCGGAACUGGGGCUGCAGCUGCGGCCCACUCGAGGACAGAUGGAGGAUUUUGAAGUAGAUGUCUCAGAAGACCUGGGGCCCCUCUUAUUUGUGAAGCUCCGGAAAAUCCAUCUCUUCCUAAAGGAUGCCUGGUUCUGCAACCACAUAACUGUUUGGGCCUCUGAGAAGAGGAUGGAGGAGAAGGAGAUAGUGUUCCCCUGCUACAGAUGGGUGCAGGGAGAUGGCAUCAUCUGCCUGCCUGAGGCUACUGCUUGGAUGAUGGGGAAGGAUGUCCAGGGCUUGUUUCAGAAACACAGAGAAGAGGAACUGGAGGAAAGAAGGAGAUUAUAUCGCUGGGCCACCUGGAAGAAAGGGAUACUCUUGUCAGUGGAUGCAAAAUCAGAGAAAGAUCUACCCCUGGAUGUGAGAUUCCAUGAGAAUAAGAAGAUUGACUUUGAAGGAACUCUGAUUGCAGGAAUGACUGAGAUUGUUCUUAAACGCACGUACACCCUUCUGAGCUCCUGGAGUAGCUUAGAAGAUUUUGACCAAAUCUUCUGGUGCAGCAAGAGUACCCUGGCUAAGAAGGUGCGCCAGUCCUGGAAGGAUGAUGAUUUUUUUGGCUACCAGUUCCUCAAUGGGGUCAACCCCACACUACUGAGAAGGUCUACUUCACUCCCCACAAGACUUGUGAUCCCCCCAGGGGCAGAAGAGAUUCAGGUUCAGCUGGAAAAAAAACUCCAGGAGGGCUGCCUGUUUGAAGCUGACUUUUCCCUGUUGGAUGGAAUCCAGCCCAAUGUGAUCCAGGGGGAGAGACAGUACCUAGCUGCCCCCCUAGUUAUGUUUAAGAUGGAGCCUGAUGGGAAGCUGCUACCCCUGGCCAUCCAGCUCCAGCCUCCCUGCUCUGGCUCUCCAGUCCCACCACUCUUCCUGCCCUCAGAUCCCUCCCUCACCUGGCUCCUGGCCAAGGCCUGGGUCAAAAAUUCUGACUUCCAGCUACAUGAACUGCAAGCACAUCUGCUGAAGACUCAUUUGGUGGCUGAGGUAUUUGCUGUAGCCACCAUGAGGUGCCUCCCAGGGAUGCACCCCAUCUUCAAGCUCCUGAUUCCUCAUCUCCGCUAUACUCUGGAGAUUAACACUCGUGCCCGGACCAGACUCAUUUCUGAUGGGGGAAUUUUUGAUCAGGUGGUGAACACUGGUGGGGGAGGUCAUCUGGACAUCCUCAGCAGGGCAACAGCCUGUCUGACCUAUCGAUCCCUUUGUCUUCCUGAUGAUCUGGCUGACAGAGGGCUUCUGGGAAUUCCAUCAGCUCUCUAUGCUCAUGAUGCCCUCCGGCUGUGGGACAUUAUCUCCCGGUAUGUGAAAGGAAUAGUCCAUCUCCAUUAUUCAGGGGACAAGGUUGUUCAGAGUGAUCUUGAGCUACAAUCCUGGUGCAGAGAGAUCACUGAGAUUGGGUUAUGUGGAGCCCAGGACCAAGGGUUUCCUGUCUUCUUCCAGUCCAGGGCUGACCUCUGCCACUUUCUCACCAUGUGCAUCUUCACAUGCACAGUCCAACACUCAGGCAUUAAUCAGGGACAGCUAGAUUGGUAUGCCUGGGUUCCUAAUGCUCCAUGUACUAUGCGGCAACCCCCACCAACUACAAAGGAUGUAACAUUGGAGAUGGUGAUGGCCACACUGCCAAAUGUCCAACAGGCCUGUCUCCAGAUGACAAUUGCAUGGCAUUUGGGUCGAUUCCAGCCAGACAUGGUACCGCUGGGUCAGCAUAAGGAAGAAUAUUUUUCAGGACCUGGGCCCAAGGCUGUGCUGAGUCAUUUCCUGGAAGAAUUAGACACUCUAGAAAAAGAGAUUGUGGCCCGUAAUAAGAAUCUAGAUCUGCCCUAUGAGUACCUUCGGCCCAGCAGAAUAGAGAACAGCAUUACCAUUUAAACCUAUUAUCUGUCUGACCAUCACUCUGAUUGGCCUUAAAAAUCUCUUUUCCUUUCCUAACCUUAAUCCUUCUAAAUCUCAUACCUACAUGUAUAAAACUCACAAGUGGACUCUACCCCACAGUGAUCUAUCUGCUCUUUGUCACCUACCCAUCUGGCUAACCACUACUCUAAUUGGCUUAGCAAAGUCCUAUUUCCUUUCCUAACCCUAGUCCUUCUACAUUCAUACUCAUAGGCACAAAAAUAACAAGUUUAAGGCUCUGUCCCCAUAUCAGACCUACCUCUCCUUUUUCACCCACCUCUCAGGAGGAGUCUUUCUUCUUCUGGUAUAAAUCAUGCUUAAUUUCACUCCCCAGUGUCACUGAUCAUUAAGUCACAUUUAGCUCCUUCCCAACACUUGUCUCCCACUCUCUACACAUGCUUCUCAUUCUGGAAAGAAAUGAUCUUCCCUUUGACUCUCCUUCUGGGGCAGAGGCAGCCCAUCCCUAUCAUUCUCCCAAGGAUGGGAAAGCUCUAAUUAUAACCAGAUAUGAAGGUUCCCAUUCCCUUCUCCCAGCGAUAGUCCCCAAGCUCUACCACCUCAUUGCUUCUUACUUAGAUAUCCCUGCCCCUUUGCCACAAUCUGAAAUAAACUAAUAAAUCAAUAAUACAAGGUAUCUCAACCUCUGUUGCUCAAGGAA